GUGAUACACAGUGAAUGUGAAUGUUCUGAAAUAGUGAAAACAUUGCAGACAGUAAUCGAAAAUUCAGGAUGAUUCCAGAUGCGGAAUUGCAGUUUGGCAUGAAAUGCAUCAAGUUGAUGUUGUUUGUUGCAAAUUUUAUGUUCGUGCUGAUAGGUUUCUUGCUCCUGAGUAUUGGACUGACUAUCAAGACCAUCUAUAGCGAUUUCGACCAUUUCCUGGUAGACCACUAUUAUGACGCCGCAAAAUUGGCAAUCGCCUUGGGAAUCAUCAUCUUCUUCGUUGCUUUCUUUGGAUGCAUCGGAGCAGUCAAACAAAGUGUGUGCCUGAUCAACAUCUACGCUUUAUUCCUGUUCCUGAUACUGAUUUUGGAGGUAGCUGUGAGUAUUGUAGCUUCCUCCAUGAGAUAUAAUCUCACGACAACUGUCAGACGGGAGAUGAGAGAGUCUAUGGAAUUUUACAACUCAUAUACUAAUUAUGUAUGGGAUGCCACACAAUAUAACUUGCAUUGCUGUGGUGUUGAUGGACCUGAGGAUUGGGAGCAGUACAACAGUGCUUCCUACAAUUUGAUACCAGUACCAAGACUCUUAUUAGACACACGAUUCGACGAUGUUGGAAAUAGUUCUGCUAAUGCAACAGUUGUAAUUCAAACUGCUAAUAAUACAAUGAAUGUUGCUUACAACGUUCCGACCACAUGCUGUUACAAUGAAGAGUGCAAAAACCAGAAUAGCGUUUACACUGAUGGUUGCUUACGUGGUAUAACCUUCAUCGUAAACGAAUGUGCUCUUCUCCUAGGAAUUGGGGCAAUUUGCAUUGCGUUCAUACAGGUUCUUGGCAUCAUCUUCGCGAAUCUCCUGGCAAAAUCAGUGAGAAGAUUGAAGACACAAAUUGAAGUAGCGAGGUCAGAAAGAAGGCAGCACAUUUACGAACAAUUGGCGAACGCAGGAAAUGCCAAAGAGAAGGUUUCUCCAGUUUUGUAUACCCCAACAAGCUCAGAAGCUUAACUGCUUCAUGAAACUUGGAUUAUAGGUUUUCAGUUAUCGUUAUUCAAUAUAUUGUAUAUUAUUUCAUUCAUAAGUCAAAUUAUUUUACCUCAAAUAAAGAAUUAGAACUUGGGAUU